UUUUGUUUUUGGGGACGUUUGAAUAAUUCAUUUGAUUAGACUGACAGAUUGUGGGACUAUAGAAACAAAAAUAUUUAGUAUUAAGGAUAAAACAAAACCGAAAACACUCACCACAAGAUAAGAAAUAUAAUAUGAGUAAAAUUAAAUAGUGUUCCGAAACAAAAACAAAACAUGGCAGAAGUUCCAUCAAAUAGUUUGCAACAAGCUGCUAGUGUUAGCCAUGUUCAAAUUCAAAAACAGGGUAAAAUUUUUAAAAUAAUAGUAAUUGGAGACUCGAGUGUUGGAAAGACUACUUUAACUUAUAGAUUUUGCGAAGGAAAAUUUUUAGAACUUUGUGAAGCUACUGUAGGUGUCGAUUUUAGAAGUAGAACAAUUAAUUUAGAUGGGGAAGAUGUCACACUCCAAUUAUGGGAUACAGCAGGCCAAGAAAGAUACAGAAUGUCCAUGGUUCGUCAUUAUUAUAAAAAUGCCCAUGCAGUUGUCUUUGUGUAUGAUGUAACAAAUUCUGCUUCCUUUGAUUCCCUGAAGAAGUGGAUAGAUGAGUGCAAUAAUAAUUGCUUACAGGAUGUACCCAAGAUUUUAGUUGGUAAUAAAUGUGAUGGUGUGGUAGCUGUAACUACUCAUGUAGCUCAAAGAUUUGCAGAUCAGUAUAGCAUGCCUUUAUUUGAAACAUCUGCACGCCUAGAUUCCCAAUGUGAUAAUGUGGAAGCUAUUUUCCUAACACUAGCCCAUAAACUGAAAAACCAGAAGCAUUUCCUACCUAUGCAAACAACUGCUUUAAGGAUACAUGAAAGUGUUCAACCUAGCAACAAUCCCAAGCAGUCUAUGUGUUGCUAAAUUGGAGGCAUAUACAAUUUUAAAUUAUAUGGUUUUGUCAAUUUUAUAUAUAAAAAUCUGUUGUUUAAAGUAAGGAAUAUUGUGAAGUAGAAAGAAUAGAGGUAUGUGAACAUCAUCUUUUUAUUUAGAAAAAUAAAUUUAUAUAUAUUUAUUA